AUGGACACAGUCUUAAAGAGACUGAAACUCGAAGGCCUGACUAAGAAAUUUGAAACCGAACCCAUUACUCCGGACAUUCUUUGCAAGUUGUCGGUACACGAAAUGGAAAUGUUAGGCAUAAAUUCUCGCAGUGAUAUGAUGUCUUUGCGAAUAGAAUGCACCAAAUUUGGGGAAGAAGCACCGAAGAAACCCGAGGGAACUUGUGGUGCCCCUAUUUUCUUUAUUCCAAAGCCUGUGAUAGGUAAUUUACUACAAGAAGGAUUUACAAUCAAGGAAAUAUCUUCGAUCCUUGCUGUAUCAGAGAGUACAAUUUACCGGAGGAUGAGGCAAUACGGAUUGAGCAAGUUCGAGUUCACUGACAUUCCAGACAAAGAUCUUGACGCGGAAGUCGAAAAAGUUACUGUAGAAUUUCCUUAUUGUGGGGAAAACUUUAUCAAGCAAAUUCUUUAUCAAAAAGGUGUUAUGGUGCAAAGGAUGAGAAUCAGAGACAGCAUACAUAGGGUUGACCAGGAUGGGGUCAAUGCCAGAAAGAAAGGACGAUUACAUCGACGUGUCUACAACGUAAAGGGGCCAAACCACCUCUGGCAUAUUGACACCAACCACAAGCUUGUACGGUGGUACUUUGUUAUUGUUGGUGUUAUCGAUGGAUUUAGCCGCGUGCCUGUCACAAUAGAGUGCCAAAACAACAACAAGGCUGAAACCGUGUUACAUUGUUUUUUAAAAGGCGUUGAAAUGUACGGUCUCCCAAGUAGGGUGCGAUCGGAUAAAGGUUGA